CGUCGGAAAAAACCCAUUUUUUCCACGAUCGAAGCGGUUAAUCAACAAACCGCCUAGCAAAUUCUAAACGGAAAAGGGCGUUUUUUGCUAUUAAUUUGGGCCGCCGGAGUGCAAGCCUCCUUUUAAAACCGUAGAGGUAAAGGGCGCGUUUAACGGUACGAAAACUGCACGAUAAAUUGCACUACCGCAAUAACUCGUCCGGUAGGAUAAAAGGCUAACUUUUGACCUUUGCAAUAAGCCUUUGCACGUUUUCGUCGGAUAACAAUGGCGGCCGCCCUGGGCGUGGACGUAAAGUGGCUGAUUUUUGGACGCGGUACCGCGACGCGAUCCCAUAUACGCUUAUCGCGGGAACAUCGUAUUUCUCGGCCAAAUUGCGACGGGAAGUGCCUAAUUCAUAUUUCGUUGCAAUUUUUGUGCGUUUAUAAAGGGAAUACUCGCCGAGCGGAUUUUCCGGACCUCGUUUGGGCAUGCUGUUGGUGUUGGAAGUAA